AUGGGCCGCAGGGCACAAUCGCAUGCAUACAGUAUCAAACGCCGGGUAGAUGCCAUGCAUGUGGAAAAGGAUGGAGAAGAUAACGUCGACGGCGGCAACGUGUUCUUGAUGCUAGCUGGUGAUAUACUGUCGAAGAUGUUGGAGUGGGAAAACUCGUCUAUUAGCUUAAAGCGGUUGACGACUAUCGAUUCGAACCAGUUGACUGACAUCGCAGACUGGGAACUGAAGGCCUUCCUGGCUCAACAUUUUGUGAACGGUUUCUUAGGUCUGUCCCAGUAUAGUUGCAGGAGCGUCUUAGAGCUGUGGGCCGGUGGAUACGACGGUGCGAAAGGUUCAGUACUCUCUAUUCAGCGAUAUAAAUACAUACUCAAACACAUCAAGGGCUACAGCUCCGUAGACCAUCCCAACAUAUGGGACACAGUACAACACGCCCGGGAAUUUGAGUACGAUGCGUUUGCCAAGAGUGUGGGAGUGUUCUUCACCGGCAGUGUGUUAUUGUCUCUGGCCGAUGAGCGAAGUUACCCUAGGCCCAGUGAACUAGAACACAGUGAGGACGAUGCGAGGAGUUUCAAGUCCGACGCCAUUGCAUGCGCAAUGUUCCACUCAGUUAUGAUUGUCCGAUUCCACGAACGAGGCUAUAAACAGAACAGAGAAGUCCAGGAAUGCUUGGAGCGGUUGACGAUGUCGCACACACUUUUUAAGGCGAUUAUUGAUAUAGUGUUUAUGUAA